AUGACAUCACUAGGAACAUUUUUAUUAGUAUAUUUAAUUGGUGGACUCACUUUUGUUCCGCUAGUAAUCACGCUUGUUUUUCUGGUUGCAUAUCGACCAUGGGUUUCCAAACAAAAGAGCGAGACAAUAUUCGACGCAGUUCCUGAAGAAAUAAAACAAUCCAAUAAGAAUGAUAAAUCAUGCUCAAAGGAUGAUACAAACUUUCACAAAGUUGGUUGGCUACGUGUUACAAAAUUUUAUGAAUCUCCAACUGCAUCAAACGGAUCGACGCUUGGUAAUAUAAUGAAAAUGGGAAUACAAACUUUCAUGGAUGGAAAAAAUCCACAAUUAAAACGUCAUAAAGAUUCAUUUUUCGUGGUACUAAAGCAUAACACUCUUUUCAUGUAUGAUAGCGAGGGACAAUUAGAUUGUAAGGGUAUUAUUAUCGUUUCUAAUUACGAUGUAUCAAUGUAUCCGGAAAAUUUACCUGACAAUGAAAUUUUUUUGAAGAAAACUUCCAUAAAACUCUCAACUAAAAAAUCAAUAUUCGCAGACAUGGAAUUAGAUAUGGAUACUUCAAGUUAUUAUAUUUCCUGUAGUAUUGGGGUGGAUAAAGAAGAUUGGUUUUUUGCUUUGCAGAGAUCCUCAAGACUAGAAUCGAAUUCUCCAGGACCUCAACCACAAGUUGUGAGGGAUAAGACACAAUUCGAUCAAUCGUCGUUGGAUAAUCUUUUAAAGACGCUUCAAUCCAAUGAUGAUAAAACUCAAUGGUUGAACGUUAUAUUGGGUCGUAUUUUUCUUUCAGUAUAUAAAACUGAGGUAGUCAAAGAACAUUUUAUAAAAAAAUUGAAAAAAAAAGUUAAGAAAGUAAAAAAACCAACUUUUUUAAGCGACAUCCACAUCAAGUCUGUAGACGUUGGGGAUGGAAUUCCUUACAUUACAAAUCCCAAAUUAAUAGAUUUAGCACAGAACGGUGAUUUAAGCGUGGAACUUAACGUUAAUUAUAAUGGUGGAUUUCGCGCAGAAAUAGAAACAGAAGCAAUUAUUACAGUAACACGACUUAAAACGAUAAAGGUUCCAUUGGUUCUAGCUGUUGUAUUGAGAGGAUUGACAGGAAAAUUGUUGUUACGUAUUAAAGCUCCACCAACGAACCGAAUAUGGUUUGGUUUUUAUGAAAUGCCAAAAUUGGAUUUACUAAUAGAACCUAUUGUUUCGGCAACGCAGUUAAAAUUCUCUCCAAUUAUUAACGCUAUAGAAUCCAAAAUUCAUGAAAUGAUAAUGGACUCUAUAGUCUUACCAAAUAUGGAUGACACGCCUUUCUUUGUAAGUUUUGGUAAAGGGGGAAUUUACGAAGGUGAUAUCAAAGAUGAGGAGGAUGGAGCUCAGGAACAACAGGAACAAUCUAAUCCGGACAUAGAAGACGUUAAGGAGUCCGAACCGGAACUGGAAGUAAUUCCAACAACUAUUAAUUUAGAAUCAGAAAAUGAAGAAAAAUUAGAUAAUAAACCCGUUCAAGAAACACCCGUUCAAGAAAAAUCAGUUCAAGAAAGAUCAGUUGUCAACUUAAUACCUGCAAAAUUGGAAUCUAGUACUUCUACAGCUUGGAUACCAGCAAAAGCGAGAAUAAAUAAAACAUUGCAAGCAUUUUAG